AUGCCGAACAGUGGCAGGAUCCCAUACGGGAGGGGGAAGUACUCGCUCCCCCUCGGAGAGGAAGCUUUUCCCCCGAGCCAACCGCCCAGGGCCUGGCUGGAGCAGGAGGAGAUGCUGGCGAUCGCCAGACAAGAGACGAUCCUGGACCGAUGGGGGAUACAACAUGCCCCACCUCCCCCAUUCCCAUCAUCACAGCAACCCCUGGAGAAGAAGCAGCCCCCGAAGAAGCAGCCCCCGGAGAAGCUGCCCCAGGAGACCACACUGCCCCAAGGACCUCCCCAGACGACGAGGAGGACGACCCCGCAAAGGUCCCCCUCCCACCCUGAACGACCCCGACGACCACCUCCCCAUCACCUCCAGACGCAGACCGCGACGCUGACGAAACCCAGGACCAACCCAAGACGACCCCCCCAACAAUCACGAACACAGCCCUCCUAA